AUGUCGAUCAGCCCACUUCCAAAAGUACUAUUCUUUGACAUCUUCGGCACUGUCGUGGAAUGGCGCUCCUGCGUUACUCGGGCCCUGAUGAAAGCGGCUGAGCAUGCUCUGCUCGAUCCUGGAAAGCAGCUUCCAGCGGACGUCCGCGCACGGGUACAGGCAAUGAGCCCCGAGGACUGGCAGGCCAUUGCGGAAGAAUGGCGCGCGUCCUAUGGCCGGUUUACGAAGGACUUUCAGCCAUCAUCGACGUUCGUAUCGGUCGAUGAACAUCAUUAUAGUUCCAUUCAGCAGUUGCUCCACCAGUACGGUCUCCACGACAUUUUCUCUGAUGAAGAGCGGUGGGACCUUGCACUUUGUUGGCAUCGCCUCGAGCCUUGGUCAGACUCGGUCGAAGGCAUCAGGCUGUUGAACCGUCGCUUCCAGACUUGUACGUUGUCGAACGGCAAUGUGUCCCUUCUAGAAGAUCUUUUGAGACAUGGGUCAUUGCCCUUUAGUAACGUGGCCAGCGCUGAGCACUUCGGAGCCUAUAAGCCCGCCCUCCAAGCGUAUCAUGGAGCAGCCAAGCGGUUCGGCUUAGAUCCCAGUGAGUGUGGUAUGGUAGCAGCGCAUUUGUACGAUCUCAAAGCGGCAAAGAAAGCAGGCUUCAUGACGAUCUACGUCGAACGGCCCCAGGAGGAAACCUUCACCGCUGAACAAAUUGCCGAAGCCAAACAGGAGGGUUUUGUCGAUUUGUGGCUCGAGCAUGGCUACAGCGGCCUAAUUGGAGUGGCUGAGCAACUUGGUGUUCAGAAGGAAACGAGGCUGUAG